GUUGUGCAGUAGGAUGGGACUCGGUGGUGCGAUGCUUUUGCAGUACAGGUAACUAGAGGUUUUCAUCUGGCUGGCUAAAGCUAUCGUUUAAUUUUAAGGAUAUUUUAUAACUUAUCACAAAGCAAAACCAAAAAAGUGUUCUGAAGCACACUUGUCGAUGAGAUUGGCGUGAUUUUCUUGUUAUCUGGUGCAAGAUGGUGAAAAAAGCAGACACUGUCAAUCAUCCCUAUUGGCCACGCAACCUGUCCAUUCCAAACUAUGUAGAAAAUGACCGUUCAAUGUCAGAAAUCCUCACAUUCCUGUUCUCUGUGUCUGGGAUCCUGCUGCUUGCCACUUGGUCACUAACUGGGUGUAAGGUUUCUGGUCGCAGGCUCAGUGGAGGGAGAAGGUUAGCACUGUGCUGGUUCACUGUGUGUGGCUUCAUCCAUGGAGUAAUUGAAGGAUGGUUCUCUUUAUACUACAGCAUUAUUCCAGAAGACCAGAGUUUUCUUUCUCAGCUCUGGAAAGAAUAUUGCAAAGGAGACAGUAGAUAUGCAAUAGCGGAUAAUUUCACUGUAAGCAUGGAGACUGUGACUGCUUGUCUCUGGGGUCCCUUAAGCAUCUGGAUUGUUUUAGCCUUCCUAUAUAAUCGUCCUUACAGAUUUGUUCUGCAGCUCAUCGUAUCUCUGGGUCAACUGUAUGGUGCAGUGCUUUACUUCUUCACCGAACACAGAGAGGGAUACAUUCACAGCGAGUACGGUCAUCCCAUCUACUUCUGGUUUUACUUUGUAUUCAUGAAUGCUUUAUGGGUUGUCAUUCCUCUAAUUCUCAUACUGGAUUCGUGGCUUCAGUUAUCUACCAGUCAGUUCAUGUUUGAUAAAGCAGCCCUGAAAGAAAAGUCUAAAAGAAGUUAGGCCAGUAGAAAUGUUUUAUUAUUAUGUCUGUAUAAUUUUUUUAAAAAUAUAUACAGAAAAUGUGGAAAAUAUUUUUGUGAAACAGAACUGUAAAAUUUUAUUUGAUAA